CAGCGUAAGACUGGCGGGGACGGCCGUGUGUAAUGCUCAUGUGAAAAUCUCCUUUAAAAAGAUCUGUUUCAAAAGGGGAACGAAGCGAGGAGCCCUGAGGAUGGAAGCACUCCGAGCUGGGAUUGGAAGAAGAGACUGAGCUGCCCCAGUCGAUCUCCCUCCACAUGGCUUGGAUCAAGCAGCUGUUUCUGCUGUGGUCAAUAUUUCAGGCAGCCCUUGCCUUUAAAGGAAACUGCGGCAAGCCCGACUUUAAAGUUAAAAAUAUAGAUCUAAGCGAAAUAAUGGACGCACAUUUUGAAGUUGGUCACAGACUCCGAUUGAAGUGCCAAAGUGGUUAUAAGAGAAAGGCAGGAACAUCAAACCUCAUCAGAUGUCAGAACAACUCUAAACAAGUCAAGUGGUCAGAGCCAAAUCUCGAGUGUAUAACAACACCUGUAGAGCCAAGAUCUGUACACCCAGCAAUAUCGGCAGCUACUCCAGGAUCACUUUCUGACCACUACACUGCAUCAACCAUGGACAUUAAAAUCACCUCAGGAACUAAAUAUCAAGGUCAUAAACUUUACCUUCCAUUCCAUUGCAUCUUGCCUUUCGAUAAUCGCCCAUCAAGUUCAAAUGAGCAGCCCUUUAAAUUAUUUUAUUUGUUAAUAAUCCUAUUGAUAUUUCAGGAAUGUCUAAAGAACGAAGGACAUGUGGAGAUUGGACUGCUGGAUCUCUCAGUGACACAGCCACAUCAUUGUGGCAAAGUGCUUAUUAUUAUUAGAAAUGAAGACAUAUCAGGACACCUGCACCAGAUUCCGCAUUUAUUGGCUCUGAAACAGAUGCCAUGUGUUCAGUUUGCUGGUGUGGAUAGUGCGGAAGAUAUAAAAGACCAAACAUUUCAAGAGUUAUUUAGCUCUGGAGGUUUUGUUGUUUCUGAUGGGACAGUGCUGAACAAUGUAACUCCAGAAUGCUUGCAACAGAUUUCGUCUGUCCUGGAACAGCUGAACGCUCAGCAUAACUGGAAGUGGAUGAUUCAUUUCAAAGAACUCAAAAAACUGAAGGAGACGGCAAGAGAAGACAACACUGCAAAGAGAAAAGUUUCUCUGUUGACGCGGAAGAUUGCAGCAAACCUUGUGGAAGUUCUCCCUUUCCACACGUGUGAUUCCAGGUCCAGGGAGAAGCCUGACUAUCUCAGCUGUCUCAUGAAGCUGCAGGUUCAGAAAAUAAGUUCCAGGUUUGCAGUGUUUCUUACAGGGAAACUUGAGAACCGAGAUCUUUUCGCACAAAGUGGAAUCCUUGUUACAGAUGUAAACAGUUUUACUAAAGGUUUGAGAAUGCUAACAACCUCUACACAGGACACUUUGGACACAGAAAAUGCUCAUGUGACAGAAGGAGGACACUACUCGGAGAUCCAGUUGGAGCCACCCUAUGGGAAGAAUAAAGUCAAUCAGAAUUUGCAAAUGCCAUCCAGCUUGUUCUGAUUAUGAUCCGUACAUCAAAUGUGCAAUCGGAGGUGGGGAGGGUGGGAUGGGUGCAGGGAGGGGAGUGGGGCAAGGAAAAGAAGUCUUCCAAAUCUCAUCAUCCUGCCUUUGGCUUCCACCAAAAAGGCCAAAGAACUUUCUUUCAACUCACCAGGGCCUGACUAAAGAACCUAUGCAUAGGAGGAUCAGAAUCCAAGUUUUGCAUUUGGUAGAGAGAUCAACAGACCCCCUUUUGUAUGUUUUCUACCUGUUGUGUUCUCAGUAGUUUUCCUAUGAUUUACCUCGUUUCCAAGCAUGCUGCCAUGAGUGAGUUCUUUUUCUGAGUCUGCCUGAGUUUUGGCAAACAAUUUGCUGAACACUUUCAAUGAAAUUUGGGAAACCUAACUGCAUACUCUGGCUGACAGCAAAUCCCGUUAGUGACAGGGCCAACAGGCUUAUUUCUCACUGUCUAAAAAAUUCAACUUCCACUCCAAAUUUCCUGUAAUUCAUUUCCCGUGAGGCCAGCAAAGGUAAGGAGCAACCACACAGUGCUUUCUGAUGCUCAAACUCUACAGACCAGUUUACCGCUGAUGGUAGGAAGUUCUUGCAGACACUCCAGAACACCUUCCUCCGUUUAAACAGUAUUUUAGUCUGAGCAGCUAUCAAGCCAUCAGGAAUAGAAAGCUCAACAGGUCCAGUUUUUUUUGCAUUCAGCACAUGGAAUGAGCCAUGAAAGAACUGAAACUGACUUGUAGUUGGGGAUUCAGAUUGUAUUUUUUCAGGUCAAUCUUGUUUUAUUCCAAUCUUAUCUGCUUUUAAUAUCCUGGUUGACUAACAUUUUGCAAAAUGUAAUCCUCAUUUGAGGAAAUAAAUCUCAACCUAAUGGGUAGCAAUCUACCUCUUAUCUAAUAAAACACUAGGAAAUAGUUUGUUUUUGCAACACAUACUUUAGCAAAAUAUACACUGAUUUGGAGCAGUGUUCACAGUUUUUAAAGUGAUUUAUGAUUAGUUCUUUUUCUUUAGGACUCUAUGUAUCUGACACAAUUUUAGCUAACAGAUGAACUCCAUGAGUUCAAUUUCCUUCCAUUCACUCCUCCCAUUUCAAGUAUGUAACUAAAGUCAACAGAAAAACUGAAUGGAAAACAACACAGAAACCUGCUCCAGAUUUAUUUUGAAUGAUAUAAAUACUUGCAAACAUCAAAAUAGGAAAUGCAUUACUGGUUAUUUGAACAUGUCACAGAAUUGUCAAGAUGAUAUAUUGCUGCCACAUUUGAUCGAUUUUCAUUUUUUAACGCAUCAAGAUGUAAUUUUUACAUCCCAUUCAGACUACAUUAACUUUGUCAAUUCAACAGAACUGAAGUUUACUAUAUUUUUGUAUUUAUUUGUAUAUAUUUAAUCAGUGUCAAAAUAAAGAUUAUUUCUGUAUUUCAAAAACAGCAACAUUACAUUUUACACUAUGUUUUGUUAAAAUACUUUCAAAAUUUGAACUUUUGUAGAAGUUUUUUUUGUCAUUAAGAAACUGAACAAUGACCUGCAAGUUGGACAAUGUAAAGUUAAGGACUGCAAGGUGUGGAGGAGGUGAUGGCCUAGUGGUAUUAUCACUGGGCUGUUAAUCCAGUAACCCAAGUAAUGUCCUGGGGCCCUGGGUUUGAAUCCUUCCACAGCAGAUGGUGGAAUUUGCAUUCAAUUUUUAAAAAUCUGCCAUUAGCAGUCUCAAUAACUAUGAAACCAUUUGAUUGUUGGAAAAAUCCACCUGGUUCACUAAUGUCCUUUAUGGAAGGAAACUGCCAUCCUCACCUGGUCUGGCCUAUAUGUGACUUCAGACCCACAGCAAUGUGGUUGACUCUGAACUGCCCUCUGGGUAGUUAGAGAAGGGCAAUAAAUGUUGGCUUAGCCAGUGAUGCCCUCAUCCCAUGGAAACAAAAACCUCCCCAUUGCUAUUAUAUAAUAUUUUAAAAACCAACCUUCCAUGAUGGUUCAGCAAAGUCAGAUAUCCUGGAGUUGUCAUAUUUAAUCUCUUCUACCUUUAUCUUUACUUAUUCCCGUCUGCCUCAUUAAUGCCAAGAAGUUCUCAUGGAGAAAAAUACCGGAAGUUUGUCAAAGAUUGAUGUACCUGUAUUGUUCCCAUUUGAAUGACAGGUUAAUCAACCUACAAAGGGUGUGUUAGAUUUUAAACUUUAUUCCUCGGUGUUGUGAUCCUAGCUGAUGUUACUGCUGGAUAAGACAGAUCCCAGAAUUAAGCCUGCUUGAUUGCUCAGUUUUUAAAAUUUUACCUAACAGUCACACAAAGCUGCAGAGUUUCUUUAAUAACUGAGCAGCAAUUUAUUACAGAAAAGAAGAAACAGAAACAACCAUAUCAUGUAGAAGACAGUUUGAAAGACCGUCAAACACAGCGAAACCAAGUCUCGUAUUCCCAACACCAUCACUUUAUCGCAAUUCAAUUCCAGAGAAAUUACUUCCCUAUAUCAGAUCUUUAAGUUUGAUGUAACUGAUUCUCCUAAAUUUGCUCCUGUGAGUGUUGAAAUUCAAAACUGAGAGGUCAGAUUUACACAACUUUGCAUAACCUGUAGAUUGUAACCACGUAGUCCUGGGCUGUUGCCCUGGAAGUUGUACAAACUAAUCUUUCUGUGGAGUAGUCUGUGCUUUCCCUGAAUUGUCCUACACUUCUAGAAAAUGAGAAAAAUUAUAUCUUGUUCUGACCCCAGUCAAAUGUCCUCUGAACUGCUCAAAAACAUUUAACCUCCAAAUUUUCCAAAGCAAAAAUCAAUCCUUGAUAUUCAUGAACAAAAAAACAAACUAAUGACACUUACUUUUCACAUUCCGUCAUAAAGCACUGCAGUACAAACAACUCUCCAACAACUUCCUCAGGGAUCCCUGUUUUCUGACACAUACUAGAUUUGGUCAAUGUUCUGAUUGAUUGAUUUAUUAUCACAUGUACGAAAAUACAGUGUAAAGCUUUGUUUACAAGCUGUACAGGCAGAUCAUAGUAAGCAACGGAUGUACAGAUCAAGAAUACAGAUAGAGGCAUACAGGUUACAUUACACAGGGCAUGUGCUAGGUGAGAUGAACAUUAGCGAGAUCAGCAUUAUUUGAGGCUAGAGAGUCCAUUCAUCAGUCUGAUUACAGCUGGAAAGAAGAUGUUCCUGAACCUGUUGGUGCACGUGUUCAGGCUUCUGAUGGAAGAGCUUGUAGGAGAUCAUUACUGGCGUGUGAUGGGUCUUUGAUGAUGUUGGAUGCCUUUCCGUGGCAGCAAGCUGUGUAAAUAGAAUCCAUGGAUGGAAGGUUGGCUUCCGUGAUGUUCUGGGCUGUGUACACCACCUUCUGUAGUUUCUUAUGGUCCUCGGCAGAGCAAUUGCCAUUCCAGGCCGUUAUGCACCCAGACAGUAUGCUUUCAAUGGUGCAUCUGUAGAAGUUAGUGAGGGACAUUAUGGACGUGCCAAAUUUCCUGAGCUACCUGAGAAAGGAGAAGCAUUGUUGUCCCUUCUUAACUGUCGCAUCUACAUGGGAAGUACAGGACAGGUUGUCGGUUAUCAUCACUCUGAGGAACUUGAUGCUCUUCACCCUCUCAAACUCCGUUCCAUUGAUGUAAAUGGAAAUAUACUCUCCUCCUUUCUUUCUGAAGUCAAUGAUCAGUUCUUUAGUUUUGGAAGGAUGAUCUGACCUUUUUGAAAAGUAAGCAACUCAUAUGCCACUAUUUUAGACUCAAAACUCUACAUAUGAAAUUUCAUCACUGCAGAUCAGAGAAAUUUAUCAGAGAAUUAUAAUUGUCAUGUAUGGGUUUGAAAAAGCUGAUCAAAAGAUCAUGAUUUUGAGAAGCCAAAACAUCUCCAAGGUACUAAGCCCAGAUAGCAAUGAAGUCUGACAGCAGAUGGGACAGUGCUAGGGAGAACCACAUGCUUUUCUUGGGUUUGAACUACAU